CUUCUCGCCAUGGGCAACUCGAAUUCCACACUGCCGAUCGAGUCGUGCAUACAGAGCGUUUGCAACGGACGCCUCGAGUGCUACCAUGUCCCGACGAGUAACCUCGAUACGGCAUGGACCAAGCUGUACAAUCUUGAUCUUCCGCGGUAUCCCGAUAUCAUCGUUCGGCCGAACAAUGCGACUGAGGUAUCUGGCGCGGUGAAGUGCGCGCAUGAUAAUGGGUAUAAAGUCCAGGCUCGGUCUGGCGGACACUCUUAUGGCUUCCAAAUGGAUAACAACACCUGGCAAGCGAGCAUCGGCUCGGGGUUCAGACUGGAUGGACUCGAUAAGCUGCUGCAUGCCAAUGGCGGCCGGGCUAUUGCCCAUGGGACAUGCCCUGGGGUUGGUGUUGGAGGACACGCAACUGUGGGAGGAUUGGGCCCCAUGUCGAGAAUGUGGGGAGCCGCCCUUGACCACGUCCUCGAAGUCGAGGUGGUCACUGCCAAUGGCACCGUGGUCCGGGCAAACGAAGAGCAGCACCAAGAUUUGUUCUGGGCUAUCCGGGGUGCCGGAGCUAGCUUUGGCAUCGUGACGGAAUUCGUCCUCAAGACGCACCCGGAGCCCGGCAGCGUUGUCGAGUACACCUACAGCUUCAGCUUUGGCGAGCAGAAAGACAUGGCGCCUGUCUUUGAGCAGUGGCAGGAGUUGGUCUACGACCCGGACCUCGAUCGACGUUUCUCAACGCUCUUCAUCGCAGAACCUCUGGGUGCUCUCAUCACCGGCACGUUCUAUGGCACUAAGGAUGAAUUUGACGAGACGGGCAUCGCGAAGAAGAUUCCUGUGGGCGGAGACGUAAAGCUGGCCGUGGUAGAUUGGCUGGGCAGCUUGGCGCACAUUGCUGAGACGACGGGCUUGUAUCUGAGUGAUUUGGCCACGCCGUUUGCCAGCAAGUCAUUGGCAUUCGGCAAGAACGACAAGCUGCGCAAGGAUUCGAUCGACGAGCUGUUCACGUACAUGGACGACACCGACCCCGGCACUCUGCUGUGGUUCAUCAUCUUCAACUCCGAGGGUGGCGCCAUGGCCGACACUGCGUACAACGCAACCGCCUACCCGCACCGCGACGCGAUUAUGAUGUACCAGUCCUAUGCCAUCGGCAUUCCGCUGCUGAACCAAGGCACGAGGGAUUUUGUCUCUGGCGUCCAUGAUAGGAUCAAGAAGGCGGCUCCGGAGGCGAACACGACGUACGCCGGAUACGUGGAUGUGUCGUUGAGCAGAGAGGAGGCGCAGUGGACGUACUGGGGCGACAAGGUGCCGAGACUGCAGGAGAUCAAGAAACUCUAUGAUGGGAGCAAUGUGUUUCUGAACCCUCAGAGCGUCGAUUUGCCUUGAGGGUG